CGUGCGAUUUAUAAGGCCCAGUUCGCUUCACGAGACAGUCAAAGGAGCAGAGAAAAUGACGCUGAAAAGCGCAUUUUCGCUUAUUCUUCUAGCCCUUGCAGCUUGCGCCGCUUUGGCCGCGAAGGAUCGCAUCCCUGCACCGUACUUCACCGAUGGAGAGAAUUUGAGUGCUGAGAACUGUGGCGUUGGAGAAAAAUAUUGGGUAGCGGAAGUAUUAUUCCGUUCUAAAAUUCGUUGCAUCGGAGUAAUUAUAUCGCAAUGGACUGUUCUCACGCACACAUGCGAAUUGCCGACAGAUGAUAUCACCGAUGUAUCGGUUUACAUCGGAGAUUGUCUGAAAGAGAAAUAUAACGACGUUACAAAUUGCACUGGUAAAAUUGAGGUGAGAGGUAUCAAUUUGAUGAACAUCGAUCUCUUGGAAGAACGAGCAUACGAAUUUCCGAUCUACAUUCUAAGAACAAAAAAUAAGAUGCCAGCUAAUAUUUCUCCAAUUUGUUUGUUCAACCGCGGCAAUGAAAUGGACUUAGUAGAGGAUCCCCAAACAACGUACUUUUCGUGGGCGAUGCUGUCCUUUCAUGAAGAAAAGCAUUAUAAAGGAGAAAAAAUGAAUGUAUGGUGGUAUAGAUUUGUUAAAAUCGGCGGAAAAAUCGUGUCCGAUGACAAUUGUCUCGAAUAUUUACGCAGGCGUGUAGAUAUUGCCCAGCCCUCUCUUCAAACACGGUUUUUGUGUGUGCGUCAACCGAUAUUUUCGGAAAGUACUGGAGUUUCAUUCCUCAUGAACAUCUACCGAGGAAGGUACUUCAUUAGAGGCAUGACAAUGAGGCAACUUAGCGAAAGAACGUACGGAAAUAUCUCAAAUACAGCAUACGUAGAUAUUCUGCCUUACGUCGAAUCCAUCGUGUGGAACUCGGAUGACAUGUCAGUUUUAUCCCCCGUUCCACCUGUAAAAUCAAUCAGAACUUUUAGGGGUUCUGACGACCUGAGUUUCCCGAAUUGCGGACUGAAAUCAAGAGUGGUUCGGAGCAGACGGGAGACAGGAGACGAGGUUGAAGAAAUCAGGUCGCACCAGUUGAUAUUGGCCGGACGCAGAGCCCUAAACGGGGCACACCCAUGGCAUGCCACUAUCCAGGGCGAUGGCUUCGCAUGCGGGGGAAGUCUCGUAUCAAAGAGGGCAGUUUUGACAGCCGCCCACUGUAUCGAAGGACAAAGAGCUGAGGACUUCGAAGUCACCAUUGGGAUGUAUAACAGGACGGUCUUUAAUUCUACUGAGAUUCAGAUUAAAACACCCAGCAGGCUGAAAGUUCAUCCAAAGUACUCGAGAGGGAAGUUCCACUACGACGUUGGUCUCAUGAUUUUCGAUAAAGGAUUUGAACUGACUGAUCACGUACGCCCGAUUUGUCUAUGGAACGAAGACACCAAUCUUGACGCCGUCGCCGGAAAAUCCGCUUUGGUGGCUGGCUACGGAUAUUUUAAGAAUUACUCUCACCCUGAGACGCUGCAAGAGGCUCAAAUACCGAUAAGAUCACACUUGGAGUGCUACCACAGUCUGAGGAAAUAUUACGGAGCGCGAUUGAAGCCCGGAGACAAUUUUUGCGCCGGUUAUACAAAUGGCACAACCGUGUGCAACGGAGACAGUGGCAGCAGCCUCUCACUCGAAAAAGACGGAAGGUGGUUCAUUAGAGGCAUUGUCAGCUUUGCCAAAUCAAAAAAAGUCAAAAUUAAUGGCGCAGAAGCCAAAGUGUGCGAUCCUGACGCUUUUCCCUUGUUCUCUGACGUGGCUUAUUACAUGGAUUGGAUUGUGCACAACACCCCUGGCAUCUAUUUCAACUAUUUGCAAGACCUUUUUCCAACAUUUACUUUACCCAGUGACUACAAAUAAUUUUUUAAUAAAAAAUGAAAUAGUUUUGUGCUACUAGAAAACUAAUGUUGUUUUUCUUAUACUAAUAAUUACACCAAUUUCUGAAUCUAAACCACUUAAAACGUAUAAAUUAUGG